UGUUGUGCCCCCGCGGAGCCGGGGGUGUGAUGACUAAUGGAAGGCGGGGUGCCGCUCACUCACUGCCCUAGCACUCUCCGUCACUUUAUCUUGGACGCUCUCUGGGCGUCAGGUUCAUCCCAACUGUGUCUGUGUCCUUGCAGGUGCCCGGCGGCUUGUGUGUGUCUCCGAGUCCCCGAAGCGACCGAUCUCUUUGAGUGAGCCCCAGGAACGCGGAACUCCCACUGAAAGGUGCGGAGUGCGCACAUUGGACUCAUCUCCUGGACUGACCUGCUUUCUCCUCCCUCCCACAUUCCACCAUCUGUCUCCUCUGGGGAAAGACGCUGCUUCAGCGACGCUCAUUUCCAUCGGCGUUAAGCUAUAUUUAAAAAAAAAUCAAAGCCCAACACAUCCCAGAACCUGGGACAAUCCGGACCAACAGCCCCCGUCUCUCCGCAAACCUCACGCUAAACUUCAGUCGGAUCCACUUUGCCGGACUCAGGAGCCGCGGCCGCCCGUCUGCCGGAGAGCUUCAGGAGAUGAAAUCGCCCCUGGAGGAGGAUCGCUUCCCAUUCGCUCGAGACGGUGUAGGGGAAGUGUCCGCUUUCGGGGACCCCGCCGACCUGCUCUCUCUCCUCACGCAGAGGGAGAAAGAAGUCCAUGUGGCUGCCGAGCUGGGGAAAGCCCUGCUCACUGAGAACCAGGACCUGAAGAGGGAAAAGGACAGGUUGGAGGAGGAAUACAGCCAGAAGCUGGAGGAGCUUGAACAGGAAAAAUAUGCAUCGCGUCUGAAGUACGAAGUGAGGGAGAGUGAGUGGGAGGCUCGAGUAGCAGAACUGGAAGGAGACCUGCAACGGUUGCAGCUAGAGCUCCAGAAACAGCAACAAUACCUGCGCGAGGUCGAGAAAGUCAAAGUAGACAUGGAAUGUGAUCUAAGUGAACAAAACCAGAAACUGGUGGAGCAACUGAGAAAAGCAACUAAAGUGGAGCAGACUCUUGCCCAUGAGAUCCACGCACUGAGAGGCAUGUUUAUGGGAAAGGAACUUCUACUGCAUGACAAUGCAACAAGAGCACAGAGUCUCCAGGCUGAGAUCACUCUAUUGUCAGAACAAAAACAUAACCUGGAGCAGCGGAUGGUUGCAAUGGAAAUGGAGAAUCUGUCACUGAAGAACAGCCAUGACUCAAUACAAGAGCAAUGCUCACAGCUGCAGCAGAAGAAUCAGGAGCAGUCAUUGCAGCUAACCCUGUCACAGGAGGAUUUCAAUGAGGUGCAGGCAAUGAACCGACAGCUGCAGAGCCGACUCCAGGAGCUGACUGAGCAGCCCGUGAUGCAGGAAUCCACAAACUGGAAUGCUUCCCUGCUCUCAGAAAUCGAGCAGAGCCUGGAGACCAGGACCUGGGAGGCCGAGAAAGAUCAGAUAAAGACUGAAAUUGAGAAAAUGCAUCAGGAGUUACUGACCUUGAUGGGUGUGAACUGCUCUGACAGUUCGACUGGAUGUCAGACACUUAGUCUCCAGGCAGCCCUCUCACACCUGAAAGAUUUGGUGCACAAUCUAGUGCAUGGCCCAGCUACACCGGUUCUCCCAGAAGAUGAUCAGAAAGGAUUGCAGGAGAAGCUGAAGUGGCAACAGCAACAAUACCAGCAGGAGAAAGCAAUGAACGAAGAAAAGCAGCAGCUGAUUGAGGAGCUUCAGAGACAGGUGCAGUUACAAAGCACUGACCUGAUGAAUCUCAGGAAGGAAAAUGAUAGUCUGAGAUGCAGCCUGGAGAACUCGUCUGAUAAUCAACAUCUCCAGCAGGCCAUUCGUGAACGGGACACUGCGAUUACAAAGAAAAAUGCAGUAGAAAUGGAGCUGGCCAAGUGUCAAAGAGACAUGAAAUCGUUGAACUCCCAGCUUCUGGACACUAUUCAGCAGAAAGUGGACCUGUCGCAGGAGCUAGAAGCUUGGCAGGACGACAUGCAGUUUGUAAUAAACCAACAACUGAGAAACCAGCAGCAAGCUGAACAAACCUGGCUCACUUCUACAGAAAAUCACAGCGAGAACUCGGAUUCUAAACAUCAUUCUUCCUUUCUCCGAAGGACCAGGAGUCAGAUUCCUGAAGGAAAAGGCUUCCUCUCAUUGUUUAAGAGGUGAAAACUGCCUUGGGUGUCUAUUCUUUCUUAAGACAUUCGUGCCCAAAUAUUGGAUUUCAUCUACUGUUGGUGCACAAAAAAAAUUGUUGCGUGUAACGUUGGUGCCACUUGGGUCCCUCCCUUAAAACAUUGUUAAAUUAUAUGAAAAGAUCUUUGGAAGUGUCCUUUCAUAUCUCUUACCUCAAAAGAAGCAGGAAGUCUUGAGCUGCAUGUUUCCUGAUGGGAGUGUCAUGGACAUCUCUAAACUGCCGUAGUGAUCAGUAGGGAGGUUUAUCAGACCUUAAGGAACUCCUCUCCCCAAUAUCAGCCAUGGACUAGCUGCAUAAAAAGUGAAGGAAUACAUGGGGAAGGGGGCACACUGUGGACCUCAGCAUGUGCCCCCACCCAUAUCCCCCCAUGCAAAAAUCUGCCCUGGUGAAAUCAUGUGCCAUGAUUGGUCCCAUUCCACUGUGAGGUGGGAGUGAUCAGUGAGGUAACUACUGUGGCAGGCUAUACUGGGCUGCUUAAGGUAAUCACUGAUGGAGCAGACAAUAGUGAGUUUGUAGAUGUCUUGAGCAUUGAAAAAUAAGCUGGCAGAUGCUGUGUGUGCAAUACAUAAGUGUCAAAAUGGAGACCAUUUAAUCUCUGUCUCAGUGGUGGUCUUGGUAGGUUGUGCUCAUUCUUUUUCUAUGGUUGUCAUUUAAUAGUCAUUCUCCAAAUGUGGGAGGUCCAAUUCAUUUGAUGGAGUGUGAAAGGCGGGGUGCAGAAGUUGUGAUGCACUUUUGACACAACAUAAAAUUUGGGCGCACAAACUUGGAUCCUGACCAGGUGUCAAUGAAAAGCAAAAACACUGAUGCUGGAAAUAUGAAAUAAAAACAGUGGAUGAUGGAAAUAGUCAGGCAACAUACAGAGAAAUGGGACUCAUGUUUUGAGUAAAUGACUUUUCAUCAGAGUAUUUCUAGCAUCUUCUGUUUUUAUUUCCAAUCAGAAAUGCCCAGUUUAAUUUUGCAACAAUCACAAUUUCACCUGGAAAUGAUUGAUACUCUGGCUAAAAUCAAUUUUUGCAUACUUAUCAAUCCAAUUUAUGAGCAUUAGCUGAUAGUUACUCAGGAGAUUUAUUACAUCAUGGAAUUAGUCUCUCUCUAAAACUGUUUUAUGGAAUACGUAAUUUCUUGGCAGAGAUUAUUGAUCAAGUAAAAAAAUGAAGCUGGGGAUGUAGACUAUUGAUUACUAUUAAAAUAAAAAGGGGAUUUCUUUUUAAAAACAAAGUUGAACAUAUAUAUAAAAAGGCUAAACAAAAAAAGACACCAGCCAUGCAGGAGGUUCUGUAGUGAUGAGCUGCAGAAGUGAUAAAACAGACCAACAAGGUACAUUGUCAACUAAAAAGCAACAAUAGAUAAUAAAAGAUUUUAUUUAAUACAAUUUACAUUGGAUCUUCUAAGCUAUCAAUCAGCUUGGUUGAAUCUGAAGAGGUGAUCAGUAUUGCUAUAAUCGGAGGUUAUUAAAGGCUUACAAAAUAAAUAUUAGAGAUAUGUAUUCCAAUUGGUAAUAUGUAGUAAAAUAUGAACAGCUGGUACUGGGCACAGUUCCAUCACCAUCUGUAAAGAGAUAAGAACGUUUAGAUUUGAUUGAAGAGCCUUUGUCAAAACCUCAAGUAUACACAGGAAGGCAAAUCCUCAAAUCUUUAAUAUGUACUCAUUUAUACAGAUGUAACAAAUUAUUCUGUAUUUCUGAUGUUUAUGUUUUUAUUUCCAACAUCUGCAUUUUUCUUUUAUGUAACUGUAAUAUAUAUAAUGAGGUGAGAGACAUUCCACAGUUUCU